CUUGGCGGUGCCCUAUGCGGUGCUGCUGCUGGUCCGCCAUGUGCCGUGCUGGCCGAAGCUGAGGGGCGAGGCUCCUCCCCGUCGCUGCCCUAGCAGUGCCAUGCGGGCCCGACCCCCGCCCACUUCCAUCCAGGGAGUGCCGGUUCCCUGGGGAGUGUCCCAGAACGACCUCGAGGCCGUGGAGGACAUCCUGUCGGCCACCUCCCUCGUGGCCGCCGCCUCCCCAGCCGUGGAACAGGGACUGUACUUCCAGCCGUGGCAACAGCAUUUCUCCUGUGGGCAGCAACUCCGCGUCGAAGAGCUGCAAGAAAGGUCCGCAUGCGCCAUACCGGACCUGCGGCGCCACCAUAAUAACGCCGCAGAUACGAUCGGACCUUUCUCCGGCGGGCCGCUUGACCCCGUGACCGCAGGGCGGGCUGCAUCGAACCUGCACGGUGUGCUGUCCACGAGGCGGAACCGUCGCGCCGUUCCUGACCAUGAGUCGUGCCGCAGGAUCUGCCCGACUGCCGGCACCAGUGGCCGCACGAAAACGACAUCGAGCACUGCCAAACAGCCACUGGCCCAGCCCCGAGCCGUGGCGUCCAAGGCCCGGCUGUGCCCCAGCACCAGCACUCCGACCCGCGGCGCAGCCCCGCCGGUGCCCGGCUGGGAGCGCGCGCUGAGCUCGGGGCGAACCAUGCGGCCGCCGCCGGACGCCUUCGAGGAGUUCGUGCUCGACGACAGCGACCUGCUGCGCCUGUGCGAGCCUCCCGGCCCGCAUCGGCCGCGCCGCUCUGCCGCCCCGGGCGGGGGUGCCUCGGCGGGUCGGCGGCCGCCGCACCUGCGCACCGUGUCCAUCAUCGACACGUUGAGCGCGCUGGCCCGGGGCGCCCAGGACCACCGAGAAGACGUGGCGGCCGCCGAGCCCUGGCUGCCGGCCUCCUCGUCGCGGAGGCCCCCUCGACGCCCUGCGCAGGCCGUGCCGCGCGACUGGUCGCGCCAGUAUGCGUCCGACAGCGAGCUCAAGAGCGGCGGCGACGCGUGCUCGGUGCUCUCCCUGCGCAGCCAGCAGCCCCGGCGCCCGGCGCAGCGGCCGCCGCUGGCCAGGGUCCCGCACUGGAUACGCGCCAUCUUCAGGGUCGCCAAGAAGGGCGACCUCGACGCCCUGAGCCACAGCCUACGUGACAUGGAAAAGCAACUGGUCUGGAACCUCUCCGACAGCCAAGGCAACACGUUAUGGCACGUCUGUGCAGCACGCAACCACCUGCGGUGCUUCCAGUGGCUCUGCCAGGGUCAUCCUGAACGUGUUCUUGCAGACGAAAACCACAGCAACCUCACCCCCGUUGCCACAGCAGUCAAACAUGGCAACCUGGAAAUACUCCAGUGGCUUGUAAGCAAGUCUAUGGCGCUAGACCAGAUAGACCCCAGUGAAGGAAACAGAACUCUUCUGCACUUGGCUGCUAAGUAUGGGCAGGAAAAAACGGUCAGUUGGCUGGCCGAGUACAUGCAGAACAAUCAGCUGAACAUUAACCGGAAGGACAGCGAUGGAAACACUGCAAUGCACUUGGCUGCAAGAUACGGACACAUUCCAGUCAUUAAGACACUGGUGCUACACAGCGCCGAUGUCACAGUGCAGAACGAGCAGGGUCUGCGACCGUACGGUGUCGCUCUGCAGAACAGUCAGGCGUCCUGUGCCGACUACCUCCUCACUGUGGAAGUCUGCCUGGGCCUUUCGGCCGACCAGGUGUUGCUGGAAGGACACUUUCAUAGCCUGCAAGCAGAGAACACGGAGGUGAAGAAUGGAUUCAAGGAGCUGCUGGUGCUGACGAGGAGAUUGAUGAGGAGGCAAGAGGAGGCCCUGCAGUACGUCCAGGCAGUGUGCACGGGCAGUUUAAGUUCAGACAGGGCCGAAUCUGACAGUGCGUCAUCGUUACCGUGGAACUCUCUCUCAGGGUCUCCAGACAGCAAGCAGGCACAGGCCAAGCUGCAGGCGCUGCUGGAGAACAGCCAACUCAAACUGCUUCCCGAAGAAGAAAGCCGUCUACUGCAGCUGGAGGAGAAAUGGCGGCGCCUGCGAGUCAACAAGGGUGCAGUCGAAACACGCUCCCCUAUGGAGCUUAUCAGGUCCCAGUUUGCACAAGUGCUAGCCAAGUGCAGCACUCCUCAGGUGCAGCCAAUGAGGCCAGCUUCAUCCUCCGGGACGUCAGUGUCCCACGAAAGCGAAGAAGAGAGUGCCGAGGACGAGCCCAAUGUCAUCAACUCAGUAGCCACGACAAAGCGCGUCCCGAACCUCAUGCCCUGGGAGCAAGAGGUCUGCUCGUGGGACAAAGUGCAGGUCUUCUUGGACGGCCUGUGCGAAAAGCAGGCCCAGCCAAAGAAAAACAGAAGUUCGAACACGCUCGUCAUACGCCAGGGGGCGUCCAGGAUGCGAGCCAAGGACUAUCGUGAACAACUCGAAUCUGCGCCUGAGAACGUCAGCUUGAAAGUGCUGUUUGAAAACAACCCUGAGCUGAGGCAGGAGGGCCAGACGUGCUCCGUUCUCGAAGUUCUGGAGCCGUCGAGCAGCGACGCAGAGGACGACCUGCACCACGACAGUUGUGGCAGCUCUUCAGGGUCGUUUAGAUCCAACGAAAACGCAGUGCUGCACGUGGCGCAGCGGAGACAGCCGAAUCAAGCAAACGGUGACUGCCGCGUACGAGCUUCGAGCUCUGGUGCCUCAAAGGAAGGUGGCAGGGCGAGAGCCAUUUUUCUGACGAACAUCGCUGAGCUACCCGAUUGCUCAAGUGGAUACAAGCUCAGCGUGAAAUUCCAGCAGUCCCAGGAGUGUUCGCACACAAACUUGCCCGAGGUCGCGCCCAAGGAAGAAGUUUUGGAAACUAAUGCAAAUGACAGCAAGACGAAAAUUGCCGAAAAGCAGGCAUCCCUUGCUGAGCCUGACCUUAUUCGAGGAACAAGCAUUGCGGAAAGGUGCCCCCUUGACACACCGCAAGGGAGUGCAGUUUCGCCCAUGGAAGCUGCUGCUCGAGAGGUCCCUGUUCAAGAGAUCGAAGAGCAGAGGGAACAGCACGAUGGUGCCGAAGCCGUUGCAGCCGAAAGUACGUCUUCACCGGCUGAUGUGUCCUCCACCAGCGCAUCCAGUGCCAAAAAGCGCAGUGGCUUUCUGCUUAAAUUUUCCCUGAAGAGCCGCUUUCAGUCCAAGCAGAAACAACAGCAACAACAGCAGCAGCAACAGCGCAAGUGUGAAGAGAUAAGCCCCGAAGAGUUUCGCGAGACGUACACGCGAAAUGCGGGUUCAGAGUCCAUGUCGGUUCCUAGCAGAGACAGUGCAGUACCCAGCCCCGUCAAGGGGAAUGAACUCUUUUCGAGUGCGCCACUGCCACCACCGCCGAUUCCGACCCAGCCACGGAGAGGUCCUCCGCCGGUGCCUCCUUCGUGCGAAGAGGUGCCUCCGCGGGCUCCCACGCCUCUUGCCGAAGGGCAGGAAGACAAGUGUACGCCUUCGGAAGACGGGCUGCUCUACCUCCGCAAUGGUUCGCCCGAACCCAGCAUACUGCAGCCUGACUCUGUCGUAUCCAAGACAACCGAAGGAACACUUUCACGCCCUGCAUCAUCGGCAUCGCAGACUGAAGACGGCCGACGAGGCUCCGUGGCGUUGGGUAGGACCAGCGCUUUCUCCCUGGCCAAGCCUCUCUCUCCCACAGAGCUGUUGCUCCACACGCCAGACUCCUCAGUGGGCGGUCGGCAGUCGCCCGCUCCCAGCGAGGUCUCCAAGACCGAGAGCGCCCUCUCGCCCCCGAGCGAAGCAUCCAAGGCGGAGAGCGCGAGGCAGCCACCCCUAACCAAGAUUGACGAAGCAGCUCAGGAAGCGCUAAAACGCGUUGCGGUUCCUCCACCCGACGUGACCAAGGGACCUCAAGAGACGGCAACAGCUCAGGAUUCUCAGCCCCCUCUCGUCUCUAGUAGCAGCAGCAGCAGCAGUGGUGGUGUAAAAGCCAAGAAAAUGACCCUGGCUGCAAGAAAGAACAAGAGGAGCUCCAAGCCAUGGUACGAAGUGUCCGACGAAGAAGACAUGCUCUUGCCCGACAAGUACCAGACAGUCAGAACUCGCAGCAGCUCGGAAGACGAAGCCGACCUGGCCAUAGUGGCGUGACAGAUUGUGCUGUCGUGCACCCAAGUUCCUUUCUUACACACAUCAUCCUAAUAAUGUGUUGAAUGCAGUUGGUAUUUAGGGGAAGAAAAGAAAAGGCUUCGUGGAGCAAGGGACAAUGCACUCCGCAGUGCACAGGCAGACAGCCAAGCAGAGCCGCUCACUCUAUUAUAAACUACGCAGCACUUCCUCGGACUUUCAAUGCCUCGAGAACUUUUUUUGUGUCCUACUUGGAAGGCGAUUUUCUUACUACAGUAUUUUUGUGGCAUGCUGAAGCUGUUCGUAUCGCGACAGACGACAUGUGCGUCUGCCAGGAUUGAGGUUGGAAUGUGGUGGGUCGUGUUUUGCCCAGGUAGCAAGCAAGGCAAUGUUGGUGGUACUGAAAAGGUGGCCGAGGUGUGAAGAAGGAACUCACCUCUCCAAUCAAAAGUUUUUCUUGAUGCAAUUCGGCUGUUAUUGAAAUAUUUGUCCCUGCAGCAUGAAGGGAGUAAGUGAGCAAAUGCUCGUUAACUGCCUUCAAACCAGUUUUGACAUCUAUUAGGAGUUUGCAGUAUUAGGGGCAGACCCGAACCCCUGCACCUGCUCCAGACCAAUUUAUUUAUUGGUACCAUUCUCGGUACUGCUCCAUCGACCCAGUUGGCCUCCUCCAAUGCAGCUCUGCUACCUGGGCAUAUCAUUUUGUCUAACACAGCAUUUCAUAAAGGUUCCUUUGCCAUAACAAAUGCAUUUGGAGAUAAGCUGUUUAUGCUAUCUCUUCCUCAGAAAGGAAAAAAAAAUAAAGAAAAUAAACACUCAUCUUCCCAACUCUCAAGCCUUUACCUUGAGAGCGGGGUCCCUCUUGGCGGGUGUGUCUUUUGACUGACUGUCAUUCCGGAAAGUUCAUUUUUGCCCAGGCGGGGAUGUUGGUCUCAAAAUUAAGAGGCGUUUUUUUGCCAAGGCGGACGUGUUUCAAAACUCAGGGCUGUUUUUUAACAAAUAUUUUUUUUUAUAUACAUGUCGUUGUUUGUUAAGUUGUGUAUUAGAUGUGAUGGCUUGUAAAGUUUUUUUUUUUUUGUACACUUGAAGGUGUAUGGCCAUGAUGGAAGUUAUAUUUAAAAAAUUUGGAGCCUCGUAUGCAUGCAUGCAUGCCGGUUUCCUGUGUCAAUUUUUUUCUUUUUUUGCGUGUCUGAGUUCGUUAAAUGUGAGAUCGUGUGCCAGAUUAUGUGAUAUGUGAUCCAAUUACAUCCUUACCUCUGCUUUCUUUUUUUUUUUUACCAAAAAAUGUUUUUGAAGAACCAGCAUUAACCAUGAAAUUCCUACAUAUACCACAUUUUUAAUAAGCUCACUCUUUGCAUUUUCGAAAGACGGGUAUUACUGCAUGACAUGAAACACAGUGUAGCGUUAAGACAAAAAAAGUGACUCAUGGCACCUUCACACGCUAAAGCAGCCAUUUUCAAGAAGUCUUUUCUUGUGCCAAGUUUUGUACAUAUAAGACGAAUUGUUGCCACUGUACCAUAAUCCCUCACAAAAUGUACCAUACAGUAAUAGUACUGAUCUUCUCGUACACUCUUUCUCAUCGAGAUACCUCUGUGAAACUAAUUACCUGGACUUAAUUCAAUGAGAGUUAUCUUUCAUUGCAAACAUUCAUCGGGCUACUCUUCAUAAAUGUGUUAAUUUAUCUGCUGCUAAUACUAUUUUUUUUUGUACAAAGUCGAUAGUCUCCUCGUAUUGAGAAUGGAAAAUAAAAAUAACUGUCUUCUUUUAACUGUUAUGUUCGCCGAAAUAAAGCAUCGACUAAU